AUGAAGGAUAUACUCGAAAGGCAUAAUUUGCAUGCCAAGAACCUUAACAAAAUGGAUCAACCAUCUCUCGAGCUGCAGCUAGUUGAGGACAGCAAUCACGCGAGGCUGAGCAAAGAAGUGGCUGAGAGAACCCAUCAGCUAAGGCAUAUGCUUCCAAACAACAAGAUGUACAAUAUUUCUAUGAGCAGGCGUAUGAGAGGUGAGGAACUUCAAGGAUUAACCAUUGAAGAGCUGCAGAAACUGGAGAAGUCACUUGAAGGUGGACUUAGCAGAGUUAUAGAAAAAAAGGGGGAGAAAAUCAUGAAAGAGAUCAGUCAUCUGCAGGAAAAAGGAGUGCAACUCAUGGAAGAGAACAAACAAUUGCGACUACAGGUACUCGUGUAA